UUAAAGAAUUAAUUGUAUACAUUUUUUAAAUAAAAAUAUUAUACUUUUUGGUAAUCAGAUAUAUUUUGCCAAUAUUUGUAUUGGCCAUGGCCUCAGCUGCAUCAGAUUUUGUGAGAGAAGUAUGGGAACGCUAUCAGAAGAUAGUGAGGGAAAAUCCUGAAACUGUCAGUCAGCUAGAAUCCACAUUCAAAGUUGUGUCAUAUGUUAUAGCAGGUAGAUUUGAAGAUUCCCAGGUUUUGUCAGAACUUGUCUACUUGGCAUCCAAUUUACUGAUUUUAUUAAAUGAUACAAUCUUUAGGCAGACAGCCAAAGUUUUGAAAAACAUAUCUGUCCCAGUAGAAAGAUGGAAGAGAUUUCUAACAGUUUUACAGUAUGCAGAAGUUUUUCUAGAGAUGGCAGCACAGAGAGCAUGGGGAGAAACUGGAAGAUGGUUCAUUAUAUUAGUUGUACAGCUCACAAAGACAGUUAUUAGGAUGAUGUUGCUUUGGAAACACAAAGGAGGAUUUCAGACAAACCCUCCGCAGCCUCCACUUGAUAGGGACCAACUUUUACCAAAAUUGAAGAGAAGUGUUUCAAAGGAACUACUUGAUUUGGAAGAAAAUUUAGAUGGUGAAAAUGAAAGUCCAACUUUUACACUGAAAAGUUCAGGCAAAGUAAUGAGACGUCUUUCAACAUCACCUCCAAUCAACUUCAGAACUUGGAAGUUACCUUCAGAAGAAAAAUCCAGUUAUUCCAAAAACAAAAAAUUACCGUACGGAAUUUCACCAACGUCAUUAUCAAAGCAGAGACUAUAUGCAGAAACUUUUUAUAUAAUCAAACCAUUGUUACACUUGUGUAGCAUGCGUCUAUUUGGAAUAGAGUCAUGGAAGCCUUACUUGCUAUCUGGAUUCGCUGAUGUUUCAAGUUUAUGUAUGAUUGGUGACCCCCAAGACCUUAACCAAGAAGAAAAACAGGAGAUAAAAAAACGAACAUACAUGUUAUUAUUAUAUUUAUUGAAGUCUCCUAUGUAUGAUAGACAUACUAAAGUCAAAAUAUUGUCGACAUUACAGUUUAUAUCUGACCAUGUUCCAUUAACUGGAUUAAUUCUACGUCCAUUAGCACAGUACCUACCUGCCUGGCAGAAAGUAUAUUUCUACUUGUGGUCAACAUAAUUACUGACAAAUUUUUAAAUUGUAUAAUAAACAGAAAAUAUUCUUGUACUUGUUUCACAUGCUCAAUUUUAUUUCUAAUAACAAAGUUACAACAUAUCAUCAUUUUUUUCACUAGUUUUAUACCAAGUGACCAGAUGUUCUGUACUUGACUUUUGCUCAAAUUGUCAACUAAAAGGACAGAAGAUAAAAAUAUCAAAUAUAUAAUGUAACUACUGCACAUUGGUUUCACAAAUGUCUUAUUAUGCAAGGUAUUCUAACUGAUAGCAACUAGACUAACAAAGAUAGUAUUGAGGGCAGGCAUGUAUAUAAGGGGUAGAGGAAGUGGGAUAGGAUUUGCUGGAUCAUAUCCAAAUGUGAUUGAUUGAUUGUCAGUUACUAAAUUUUCAGUGCUAUCUGAAUGUGGGCUAAACUUUUCAAUUAAUGUCAAGGCGUAGGUACAACCAUACUAUUUUGGAGUCUGUUGCAGAUAAUUUAAAGGGUAAUAGUUUAUCAUGUGUGAAAUAAAAAUUAUCUGAAUGGUUUUACAGUUUCUCAUUAGUUCAAAUAAGCAUGAAAGUCUAGUUGAAAUCCUAUUGAAAAUUUGUACAUAAUAAUCUAUCUUUUAUUAUUUGUAAAUAAUGCCAUAAACAUUGCAUACUAUAAGUCUCAUUCUGGUCCACUGGCUGCCUUCUCAUGACACAUUUUUGACACUUACUAGAUCUAGAUUUAUAUUCUAUUGUUCUUCAAAGCUUUAUUUUCUUUGAUAUUUGUGUUAUGUUCACUGUAACCCUAUUAAAAAUUAACAUUCUAAUACAAAUUGAGAAACUCACAAUAUUUGGCCUAUACAGGUUAGACUGACAAUAUUGGAAACCAAUUCGCCGUUUCAGAAUCUAAUGCAUCCUGGGUAAUAUUUUCAAAAGUGCACACCAAAACGUCCUGAUUGGUUAAAAAUGUCAUAAACAAUGGAAAUUUAACCAAUGACGUGACGUUAUUUUUAUUUUGGGGUACGAACAAUGAAAUUACCCAUGAUUCUUUAGAUUCUGAAACGGCCAAUUGUAAGCUUACAUUAUAUUAUACAUUACAGGUUAUAAUUUAUUAAUUGUAAAAUUGUAUGAUCAAAUUGUUUAAAAAUUCUAUGAAACUUGAUUGUUAUGCAGAAUAUGCAAUUACAAUGAUUAAAUACUUGACUAUUAAAAUUCUGUAAAUA